CAUUGCAACAUGAGCAUGGAGGGGAUUAUCCCGUUCGUCUGCGGCGCGAUCAAGAGGCGGAGGCUGGUGAAAAAGGCGUCGGACUACGAGCGCCUCUCCUCCGCCGGCGCUCCUCCGACGUGGGGGCAGCAGGAGCGCUUCACCUGCGGCGCCUACCGUUCUCGGAGUCAGAGCUGCCGGUUGGCCGCGGAUUCGCCGGCCGGCGUGCUCGGUUUCUCCGGCGACGAGGGUGACGGGGCACUGCCUGAGGGCAUCCGGGACGAGCCGCUUCCGCCGGCGGUCGACGACGGGUGGCGCGGCCUGUCCAGGUCCCGGAGGUUCAGCAGCAUGCGCCUGUUUGCGUGCGUCAGUGGCGCGUAGGAGCAUGGUGGUGGGUUUGUGACGCGAGCACAUCCUGUACAGAGAAUAUCGACGGCCGAGUAAAAAUGGCGAGUGAGACGCAGUAGUUGCUGCGAAGCACAAUGCAGGAAGUGAUCUUAGCUUUUCUCUGAUGGAAAGAUGAAAUACUGUACUAACAUGGCUGACUGCAUUUUGAGUUUUUGAACAUAACUGAACUUGUUGCAUUACCAUGGCACAAACCAGUGGACUUUUCUAUAGGCGCAAAACAGUUUCUGUAUUCAAGAGAACAAAUUUAAUUUUUUUUUCCUAAAGACAA